CACAAAAUGGCGAAUACCAUAAAUACACUCAAAACCAAGGAAAGAGAGUUCAUUAUCGAUUGCAUCCACUUGUACCGCGAUUUGCCGGCUUUAUGGAACACCAAAAGUCAGAUUUAUCAUGACAGAUCAAAAAAACGUGCAGCCUACGAUUUACUAUUGACUAAAUACAAAGAACUGUAUCCUGACUCAACCAAAGAGGAUGUGAAAAGGAAAUUCAAUAUUCUAAGGACGAACUAUCGAAAGGAAUUGAAGAGAUACAAUGAAUCUAAAAAUUUUGGUAAUACCAAUACAAAUUAUAUACCAUCGCUGUGGUAUUUCGAGGAAAUGAGUUUUUUAAAUGACCAAGACGUUUCGUUGGACGCAAUAGCGGCUGAUACUCGAGUUUUUAAAGUAAAUAGCGAGGUCGAAGGAACUUGUAGUGAAAAUAGUCGGCGACUCCCAUCAAUAAUAAAUAAACAUUCCACUAAAAAGUCAAGAAUAGACGAACCAUUUGCGAAUUUUGCACAUGAAUGCUUAAAUGGCGGGAAACUUAUAAAUUCAACUUGUGAGAGAGGGAAUAACGAGAAAGAUGAAUAUUAUCAUUGGGCAAUGGCGUGUGCUGCGGAUAUUCGUAAAAUGGAAACCACACAACGACUUUAUGCAAAGAAAGCGAUCGCUGACGUUAUAAUGGAGGGACAGCUGGGGUUAUUACACCGUCAUUCUUGUUAAACUAAAUAAAACUACAGCCAGUACUAUG